AUGACUCAUCAAAGAGAAGAGAAGAAAGAAGAAAAUCAAGUCUCUACUUUGAAUUAUUCUAAAACUUCUUUGAAUUCAAUUAAUUGGAACAAAAGAAGGUUUGCAACCGAAACUAAUGAUUCUCAGUACGAUGUAGUGGUCAUCGGAGGAGGUCCAGGAGGAUAUGUUGCAGCCAUCAAAGCAGCUCAGUUAGGAUUAAAAACAGCGUGUGUAGAAAAACGUGGAAGUUUAGGUGGUACUUGUUUGAAUGUGGGAUGUAUUCCUUCGAAAGCUAUGUUGAAUAAUAGUCAUCUUUAUCAUCAAACUUGUCAUGAUUUAAAAUCUAGAGGGAUUGAUGUUAGUGAUGUACAAUUGAAUUUACCUAACAUGUUAAAAGCAAAAGAUAAAGCUGUUUCAAACCUCACCAAAGGUAUCGAAGGAUUAUUCAAAAAGAACAAAGUCGAUUACUUUAAAGGACAUGGAUCAUUCUCAUCCUCAACAUCGAUCAGUGUAGAUUUACUAAACGGUUCAGGAAAACAAGAUCUGAAAGCCAAGAAUAUUAUUAUUGCUACUGGAUCUGAAGUUUCACCUUUUCCUGGUGGUUCGAUUGAGAUUGAUGAAAAACAAAUCGUCUCUUCUACUGGUGCAUUAGAAUUAAACUCGGUUCCAAAAAAGAUGAUCGUUAUAGGUGGAGGGAUCAUUGGAUUAGAGAUGGGAUCGGUUUGGAGUCGAUUAGGAGCCGAAGUAACUGUAGUAGAAUAUUUAAGUACGAUUGGGGGUCAAGGAAUUGAUGGUGAAAUGGCCAAAAGUUUUCAAAAGAUUUUGUCUAAACAAGGGAUUAAGUUUAAGUUGAAUACUAAAGUUACUGGAUUAGAGAAACUUUCAGAUCAAGAUUGUAAAGUGAAAGUUGAAGCAUCAGAUGGAUCGAAACAAGAAGAAUUAGAUGCUAAUGUGGUCUUGGUGGCUGUUGGACGAAGACCGAAUACGAGUGGAUUGAACUUAGAAGCAGCUGGAGUCGAACUUGACUCACGUGGUAGAGUGGUCAUCGAUAAUCAGUAUAACACAUCUGUUUCGAAUAUCAAAUGUAUUGGUGAUGUGACCUUUGGACCGAUGUUGGCUCAUAAGGCUGAAGAAGAAGGGAUCGCGAUUGCUGAGAUCAUUAAACAUGGUCAUGGUCAUGUGAAUUAUGAUGUGAUUCCUUCAGUGGUUUAUACUCAUCCGGAAGUGGCUUGGGUAGGAAAGACAGAAGAAGAUUUAAAGAAAGCAAAUGUGAAUUAUAAUGUUGGAAAAUUUCCAUUUUUAGCUAAUUCUAGAGCUAAAACAAAUGAUGAUUCAGAAGGCAUGGUGAAAUUCUUAACCGAAAAAGAAACCGAUAAGAUCUUAGGGAUUCAUAUUAUCGGACCUAAUGCAGGUGAGAUGAUUGGAGAAGGAGUCUUGGCCAUGGAGUAUAGUGCUAGUUCUGAAGAUAUUGCUAGAACGUCACAUGCUCAUCCUACUUUAAGUGAAGCGUUUAAAGAAGCUGCUAUGGCUGCAAGUGGAAAAGCUAUUCAUUUUUGAUUGUCUUUGAUUUUGUUUUCUGAUGAAUUUGAAUUUGAAGUUUUGAUUUUUUUUCUGAUGGAUUGUAACUUGAGAGAGAAAGAGAGAAAAGAAUAUAUUGUAGUUAGAUAGUUACUAAGAUUGAUUAAAAAAAGUCAAAAAAGUUGGUGAAGUAAGAUUAGAUAUCAUGGUUGAUCAUGGGU